UCAAGUCUUCUACAGUAACAAGGACUUCUCUUUCAUUCCUUCCUCCAACAUUCAACAUGCGUGAGAUCGUCCACAUGCAAGCUGGCCAGUGCGGCAACCAGAUCGGUGCUAAGUUUUGGGAGGUGAUCUCCGAUGAGCACGGCAUUGACCCCACCGGUACCUACCACGGUGACUCCGACUUACAACUGGAGAGAAUCAACGUCUACUACAAUGAGGCUACAGGAGGCAAAUAUGUUCCCCGUGCUGUGCUCGUGGAUCUGGAGCCCGGAACCAUGGACUCUGUCCGAUCCGGUCCUUUCGGUCAAAUCUUCCGUCCAGACAACUUUGUUUUCGGUCAGAGCGGUGCUGGCAACAACUGGGCCAAGGGUCACUACACAGAGGGCGCCGAGCUGGUAGACUCCGUGUUGGAUGUUGUCCGAAAGGAGGCGGAGAGCUGUGACUGUCUGCAAGGCUUCCAGCUGACCCACUCCCUGGGUGGCGGCACAGGGUCUGGCAUGGGCACCCUCCUCAUCAGCAAGAUCAGGGAGGAGUACCCCGACAGGAUCAUGAACACCUUCUCCGUUGUGCCAUCACCAAAGGUGUCGGACACAGUCGUUGAGCCAUACAACGCCACAUUGUCUGUACAUCAGCUGGUUGAGAACACUGACGAGUCCUACUGUAUUGACAACGAGGCUCUCUACGACAUCUGCUUCAGGACUCUGAAGCUGACCACACCCACCUACGGUGACCUCAACCAUCUGGUGUCCGCCACCAUGUCCGGAGUAACAACAUGUCUUCGAUUCCCUGGACAGUUGAAUGCUGAUCUCCGUAAAUUGGCUGUCAACAUGGUGCCCUUCCCUCGUCUCCACUUCUUCAUGCCCGGAUUCGCUCCACUCACAUCAAGAGGAAGCCAGCAGUACCGUGCCCUGACUGUGCCCGAACUCACUCAGCAGAUGUUCGAUGCCAAGAACAUGAUGGCUGCCUGUGAUCCCCGUCACGGCCGCUACCUGACCGUAGCUGCAAUGUUCCGAGGGCGCAUGUCCAUGAAGGAGGUUGAUGAACAGAUGCUCAACGUCCAAAACAAAAACAGCAGCUACUUUGUCGAAUGGAUCCCAAACAACGUUAAAACCGCUGUCUGUGACAUCCCACCACGUGGUCUCAAGAUGUCUGGCACCUUCAUUGGUAACAGCACAGCCAUUCAGGAGAUCUUCAAACGUAUCUCCGAGCAAUUCACAGCCAUGUUCCGUCGCAAGGCAUUCCUUCACUGGUACACUGGCGAGGGUAUGGAUGAGAUGGAGUUCACUGAGGCCGAAUCCAAUAUGAACGACUUGGUGUCCGAAUACCAACAGUACCAGGACGCCACCGCCGAGGAAGAGGGGGAGUUUGACGAGGAAGAAGGGGAGGCAGAAGAAGCUUAGAUACUUUAUUGAAUACAUCAAUAAAUUUGGAACAAUACCAAAUAUUUUGGAUUUUUGCAAUAAUUAUAUAUUAUUGAACUAAGGAAGUUGAUACCAGGUGAUAUUAUAUUGUUUAAGUUAACAAUAAGAUUACAUAAAACUAUUCUGCUUCAGGUAUCUGACGAAUGCCCAGUCGAAAAUAAAGCUUUAAAAAUAUC